ACAGAACUACUAAAACCGGGACUUCUUGCUUGUAUGUUUCGCAAGUUCUACUAGAUUUUCACAAUGCAGCAACAACAAACACGUUAUGCCUCAGCCCCACCGAUGAGGACACACUAUGCCCAGCCUGGAUACCCGAGCCCCAGGCCAGGGUAUUCAGGAGGCCCUCAGCAGAUGGGAGGUCCGGCCGGAGUUAUGCCCCCUAGGAUGGCAAUGGCGCCCAUGCAGUGUCACCCGUAUGGCGGCAUGCCUCGCCCUAUGCCCCCAGGAAUGCCCCCUCACCCAGGCAUGCAGUCCCCAAUGGACAGGAAGCGCUCAGGGGACAUGAGACCCCCACAUCACAGCCAGGGCAUGAGUAAACCGAAGAAAAAGAAGAAAAUUGCGGACAAAAUAUUACCUCAGAGAGUGCGCGACUUGGUGCCAGAGUCGCAGGCAUACAUGGACCUUCUGGCGUUUGAGAGGAAACUGGAUUCAACCAUCAUGAGGAAAAGACUGGAUAUCCAAGAGGCCUUAAAACGACCGCAGAAGCAAAAGAGGAAACUGAGGAUAUUCAUUUCCAACACCUUUUACCCUGCCAGAAUGGAUAAUGAGGAUGGGGAGGAGACUGUUGCAUCGUGGGAGUUACGUGUAGAAGGAAGACUUUUAGAAGAUCCUCUGGUUGCAAAGAUGAAUGACAACUCUAAAAUGAAGCGUAAAUUCUCUUCGUUCUUCAAGAGUCUGGUGAUUGAGUUGGAUAAAGAUUUGUACGGUCCAGACAACCACUUGGUGGAGGUGAGAGAAACUCGUAUCAGACAAAACUCUUUGCCUGUUAAAAAACAGAGAGAAUUACUAGAAGACUGGGAAACAGUACUCAGUUAUUGCCCUGACCUAAAUCAGCAUACCUCAAUGAGGAUGUUGUCUAGGAGAAGACAACUCAGUAUUGUUCCAUGGGUUAAAGAGUUGCUUCCCUUUGUAGAGAGCCGGGUCGAGGGUCCAGAUGCCAAGAAGACGGCCUGUUAUGACAUCGAUGUGGAAGUGGACGACACAUUGAGGCAGCAGAUGAACUCCUUCUUGUUGUCGACUCAGAGCCAACAGGAAAUAGCCACAUUAGACAACAAAAUUCACGAAACUGUGGAAACCAUCAACUCCCUGAAAACACAUCGUGAUUUCUUCCUGAGCUUUGCUAAAGAUCCCCAAGAAUUCAUCAACAACUGGCUGCUGUCACAGAUGAGAGACUUGAAGACGAUGACUGAUGUGGUAGGCAACCCUGAAGAAGAGCGCAGGGCUGACUACUUCCACCAACCCUGGUGCCAGGAGGCCGUGUGUCGUUACUUCUACGGCAAGAUUCAGCAGAGGAGGUUAGAGAUCGAACAAGCCUUGGGGAUCCGCAACACCUGAGCUUCAUGUACUACCUGAGCCUGUUUUACCUGCACCUGCCCAGUCUGAUACCCCACCGUCAUAUCGCACCAAACUGCCCUGCAUUGUCUAAGUGGCCUGUUCUUACCGUUUACUGCAGCUUUGAGAGAAAUUAUUGCUAGAAAGGAGCAGUUUCUGUACAAUUUUCAAUUGUUCAAGAUGUGGCUGUGAACAUUUACUUUUGUCCUGAGGCCGGGGGUGGGGGUGGGGUGGGGGGUACAUCAUGCAGAAGAAUUAAUAUACAUCAUGUGUGUUUACUAUAAGCCAUGUGGAAGUAUACAGCGUGUGUGUUUACCAUAAACCAUGUGUAAGUUCCAGUAAACAACAUGUGGAAGGAUAUGUACAUCAUAUGGGAGUAAACAGUUGGUGGAAUAUAACCUGUUCUUCAUUUACUGUAAUUCUAAUUUUUGGGAUAAGUGUUAUUGGUGCCGAAAGUUGAAAGAUUAUCUCUCUUUCAUGGUUUUUUGGAAAAGUAAAGAUAUGGAUAUGUUGUUAGCAGAUGGACUAACAAUGUGAGAAGAGAGAAACUGGGUGAUUCUGCUACAGUUGCGUGUGUAUUUACUAUAAAUUGCAAACCAGGGGCGCAGUUUCACAAAGUGGUGUACCACAUUAUUUUAUCUUACAAUCCUGGUAUGAUAUUUUGUAUGUUACUAUUAUGUUACCAUUGUCCUGUAUGAGCGAUUAUUGUGCAUGUACAGCAUCUUUGUGAAACUGGACCCAGCAGUUCCAAAAUUGAAGAAUUCUUAAAGAUAUUCCGUGUGGACCUGUACCCAAUGUGGAAGCGUAUGCAGUGUGGAAAUAGGCCUACAGGUCAGCCUGGUAAAUGUUGUUCGGGUUUGUUCAAGGAGUAAAAGUCAGAAUUGCUUCCCUCACAGAGAGAGUGACAUUUUGAGAUGAGCAACGUUGAGUGUCGCGUUUUCAAGUACAAAAGCAGAAAGAAAAAAAGAACGCAAUACUUCUAUGCGCGGGGCUUACGCACCAGAACAAAAUACUUUUUACGCACCAAGUAUCCGGAUGUUCCAUAUGUACAUGUAUCAUUGUCACAUUGGGCCUGUGUAUGAAUUUUUGGUUGGAAGGUAAGCACUGUGUUUUCAGCACUGGUCAAUUAUAGUACAAUAAAAGGGCAAAGGUGAUCAGUUAUACAGGGGUUAUCAUCUUAACGAUUGUUUACCUGUCUCAUUGUACAUAUGUCACACAUCUUGUAGCUGUCGGUAUUUAUUAACAGAGCCUUGGAUUUAUGUAUUUCAUCAAGACUCGUCAGGGUGUUCUCAGACUUCAUUAAAUGAACGAAAUAAAGGUCAGUGAAUUCUUAAUUUGGCUGUUUUUGUAAAUACUUUUUUUAUCACUUUGAUAAUAAAUAGAACAAAUUAUGAACAUCUGUGGCCGAUUCCACAAUGCCAUUUCCGACAUGAGUCGAAAUUUAAAAUCUGUUUACAAAGCGUAGUCUUGGGUAUAAACUGGAAGUAAAAAGUUGGACACUUACUCUUUAGUUAAUACUGAUGAGAUGAACAAAGAGCAGAAAAAUGAGCUUUAUGAUUGUAUUUCAAUGUUUUACUUAAAUCAGAAAUUUGAUCGGCCCCUGCAUCUUAAAAAUCUUCUUUUUUGACACGCAGCUUAUCCGUAUGUGUGGUGUUUUCUCAAGAGAAUACGAAUAUGUUAUUAAAAGAAUUUAAUAAUACAUUUGGAAACGAUCCAAUAAGAUUUUUCACGUCUUCCGUGGGAAACAAUACUAGGCUGUGGCUCAUGACUUCGGUAGGCACAGCGGCAUGAUGUCAAAGAGAAGAUAACCCCAUUACUCAGUAACAUUCCCCAUUCUAAAAUAGAAAUGUACCUACUGCUUCCGUUGAGAUUAAAUCUCUAAUAUACCUACUGCGCCAUGUUUUUUACAAUAGCGAUGUGGAAAGUGAGGCUUGUGCAUUACGUCAUCUCAUCUGAGAUUACUACUUUUGCCUUC